AUGGUCGUUGGUCCCACGUGUAAGGGACUCUCGUUGUUCUCCUCAGCGUUAUGCUGGGGUUGGAGAGAAUUGUGGCUGAUUCCUGCGCGCGUUGUGCCGGGUCCACCCACUCACGGGCCUUUUCUCCGGGUCGUCCGGUGCGCUCGCCUUAUUCCCGGGUCGUCUGGCGCCUUUAGUUUAGCUUUACACAAAGUCACUGAUGCCGGGGCCGUGUGGAGGGGCGGGGCCGGUGGUCAGUUGCUCUGUGUUCCCUCGCUGCUAGGUUCGCGUGGCCGAUGCACGGCUGGCAACUGGACGUGUGAGCACCGCGCGUUGGGUCCUUCGUGCGACGCGUGCUCGUCUCAGUGCACGCCGCGCCCUGCUCUGGUGGCAAACCCUUCCCCAAUCACCACAGCCGCCACACGCCUCCCUCCUUCCUCCUCGCCCGCACCCCUGUCGCGGCGCCCAUCCCUUCCAUCUUCGUGUUUCUCCUCCUCCCAGGACUACCUCCCGUCGCUUAGGCUCCAUGGCGGCGCCCGGCUCGAGGCGAGCCUGGUGCAGAUGCUGGUUUGGUCGGCAAGAGACGUUGCACCGCCGGCUGUAGUAGACAGGAUUGGUGUUGGUGAUGUCUGUAGGUAUUUUCGUGCUCGCCAGUUACACAAUUCCAGGUUAUGGGAUUGGAUCUCCAUUUUCCAAGUCUUAGCUGAUAAGUACAUAGUGCGGAAAAAUCUCUAUGUACUGAUGUUGUGCACAUCCAAAUACAAGCAAUUGGUGCAUCUAGGAGGAAGGGAUCUAGAGACAGCGAUGGGCAAAACAAUUCCGCGGAGGCAGCAAGACGCAGUUCUCGACAAAUCACUAUAAGGUGUUCUCUUUUGACCUGUUGAUUUUACUGUCUCUCUGGUUUUGAUUUCCUGGUAUAAAAUUUACUAAUUUGAGAGAAAAGCGGCGCAAGGAUCCAAUGGAAGAAUUUGGUGAAGAACAAGGUCUCCAUCAUUUGGCGUCAAGGAAGGGAAGACCUACGUUGCACAGAUACUUGGAUACGUAUCGGAUACGCGAUACGGGGAUACGCCCGAUACGUCAAUUUUCUAAAAACUAGGAUAUGGGGAUACGUCUAUAUAUACAUAUUAAUUAUUAAAGAUAUGAAAAAAUAACGAGUUUUUGGUAGGAAACGUACUGUUUUAUUAAAGAAAUUGAAGUCUUCACACCUACGUACAUAAUUCAGAGAAGGAGAUGGAGAAGAGAGAUCAAAGAAAGAGGGAGAUGAGAACAUACCUCCUGCAAGGGAGACACAGAUGUCUUCUGCCGGCGACGAGCCGGUGACCGAUCAGCGUCGAUUGGAUUGGAAUUCAGAAGGUGAGAAGGAGAGAAGAACAUGUGGGAGAGGAGAGGAUUGGAGCUGAGAAUUAAUGGAGAGUUGGAGACCUGCGGGCUGCGGCUGCUCGCCUGCUCCAAGGAGUCGAGAGGACGAGCUGCCCGCUGGGAAUUGAUGACGUGCAGCGGCACCAGGAGGGAAUCGAGGAGUUUUCUGUUUUUCACGUCGAAAGAAGGGGUUGCCGUAUCCAAAACGUACGCUGAGAGGCCUGUUUGGCCGUUCUUUUGCUGGCUAUGACUGUAAUAGACUUUAAUGUUAGUGUUACCAGGUUUUUGCCCCACGGCAUCCGUUUCGAUGGCGAGCAGAUGUGGUGGGUUUCUUGGUAAUGCUUGAACUCGCUCUACCCUCUUUCCCUCCUCCUGUCAACUUGAAUUUGUUUGUAUUUCUGUUCUUAGUAAUGGAAAGGGGUAAAGCCCGGUUCAAAAAUAAAAUAAAAUCAAACACUAUUUUUUUUAAAUUAACAAAUCACAGGAUACUUACGGGAUAUGUAUCGGGCAGUAUCAGGGCAGUAUCCGAGUAUCAGGGCAGUAUCCGGCUGGAUACGCGCACUUUCUAAAGUAUUUGUGCAACGUAGGGGAAGACCAUGUCAUCAUUUGGCCAGUGCAGGUCCCCAUGCCUCUGUAUCUGCCCUCGAAGCCGGGUUCCGCGAGCUAAGAUUGCAGGGGAGAAUGAACGUGCAAGUUUGCAGCAGCAAAGGUUUUUCUACAUUUGAUGGGUAGCUAAAUUAGUUUGAUUUCACGGAUGAUGGAGCCUUGAUGUGUGACAUAGUUCCUGGUGAAGAAAUAUUUGUUAGGUCUAUGUAUGUGUGUACUGGAGUUGGUGCAUCUCCAAGGAAGAACCAAACCCUUCUUCCUAUCUUAUCAUAUGCUACACUUAAAUGCAAAGUGUUAGCUAUGUUAACUGUUUCAAUCCUUGUUUGAAAAUGUGAUUGAUUACAAACUGCGCAUGCUCAAGUAUAUAUUUGUAAAAAGAAG